AUGAAAUGCGCUAAACUCCACCUUCAAGAUAGAUCAACGAUAAAAUCAAACAAGACGAAUAAUGAGAAGCCUAGGAGAUUCUGUCAGAAACGAAUGGUUAAUCCGGAACACGAAGAAGACCCUCGUUGGACUGAUGUUUAUGAAAGAUUCUAUUGCAACGAUCACGAGAACUGUUACUUAAACGAAACAAAUGACAGCGUUGGGACUCACCAAGGCCGGGAAGAUUUGUUUCUUACAGUCCAAAAUUUGCAGUUCCAAGGGGAUGUUGACCAGAGAAGGAGAUCCAGAACAAGCUUUAAAUACAAAACUUUAACCGAUAGCCAAAAGCAUCGAAUGUUUGUUAAACAAGUAAUUGACGACUCAUAUCAAACUGACGUGGCGCGGUCUUCAAUCCUCAGCGAUUAUGCCGAAAACUACACAAAAUACUUUUCAAACAACGACCAGUCUAGACCAUCAUCUAGUAAAUCCAGUAUUAUUUUAUACAGCUUGAAUAACAAAUGUAAAGAAAACAAAUCGACUCAAGUUGACUUAAGAAAUGGUCAAGUAAAGAAAAAAACAAAAUUUGAAAAGAUUAAAAGUUUAAAAAAACGUGACCUCAAAUCAACUAUCAAUGAAGAACUUAAUCAAAAUCAAUGUGACAAUAACUCUGCGGAUACAAAAAUCACAUAUCACAGAAAUGGAAAAAGAAAAAGUCUUACUAUUUCAAGAGCAGAUAGUCCUGCCACAGUUCAAGUUAUUCGGGUUGAUGUUGUCUGUAAUUACAGCUGUAGCUCCACAAUAUCUGAUUACGACGAAAGUAAGAAAGAACUAAGCACUAUUGACACAGAACAGGACGACAAGGAAAAUCAAAUGGUGAAAUCAAAAAGAUCUUAUUACCCUAAAAAAUAUGUCUUAACAAAUACCGUCAAAACCUUAGACGAGAAUGUUUCUGGUGGAAAAGUCACAUUGUUGUGUAAGACCUUUAAACUGACUGAUCGGGCAAAAAUGUUCUUAGAUAGAAAAGACAUUGAUUCAGUUAAUUCUGUUAGACCGAAUACCAGUAAAGUUAGAAAAUAA